CCCAAUCUCUGUAUCCAUCUACUAAUUUACUGGCUUAUUUAAUAAGCACAUUCACUGUAAAUAUAUUUUAGGUUGUAAUUUCGUCAGUACUAUAAAGCUAUUUUUUUUCUUUAUUAUUUUGAAUCGAAUUUGUGCUCAAAUGUUUACUGUUAUUUGUGUGAUCAAUCAUUAUGUUAAGGAUGAAUUGAUUUCAUUAAUUUAGUGAAUUUAGCUCACCUGAUGCAAAUGCUGGUCUGGUUACUGAUUAGUUUAUCAAUAUCUCUGAUUUUAUGAGAUGGGUUUUGUUUAGUUUGGGGUAUCAGAUUGGAUUAGGUUUUAGUUCUUGAGAUUCACUGGGUUUGGGACCAAUUAAUGUGGGCUCUUGCUUCGAGAAUUUGAGCAUUGUUCUGUUUGGGUUUACCUGAAUGUUCAGUAUUCAGUAUUCACUGAUCAGACUAUGUGGUUCUCAGUUUAUGACAUAUCAUUUUAUUUAAGCUUCUAGGGUUUUCUCGGGAUGCAGUUGUUUCAUAUAACCAGCAUUCGCUUUCCCGCUCGUCUAUUGGGUUUUUCUCAGGUUGGGAGCUUUUGAUGGCUGUUGAGUUUCUGUUUCUGAUUUUUUGUUUCAGUCUUUUCUAGUAUGGGAAUUGUUUUACACAUCAUGCUGCACUCCUCCUUUGAUUAUGUUUUUGGAUAUGAAAGAGUGCGUCAUUGAUUAUGUUUUUGGAGUGCUAAGACAAGUUGGUAGCGUUCCCCUUAGGCAAAACUGGAACCCUGUACUCAUCUUCUCCCGAAGGAAAAUCUUAUAUUGCGGUUAUGCACACAUUACCUUUAAUUAUUGGAAAUUUUUUAAAUGAUAUUUCAUAAACUUAGAACCACAAAAUCUGAUCAGUGAGUACUACUGAAUACUGAACAUUUAUCGUAAUUGUAAUUCGGAUGGUAGUUGCUGACCUUUUUACCGUUUGAUUUGCUCUUUUUUACAUGUAGACGGAUGGAGAGUGCUAGAAUAGCAAGGUGUAGCUAUCGUUCAUUAACGGUUGUCAUUGCAUUGUCUGAAAAUAGUAAAUAUGUGGAUAUUUGUAAUGAGAUAUGUUUAAGGUUUAAGGAACUGAAAGUGGGAAGCUUUGAGCUGACGUAUUCUCUUCCUGAGCACCCUAAUUGUUUGCUGCAAUCCGAUAUGGACGUGAGUAUUAUGUUGCUAUGUUUAAAAGUGUUGAAGAGUAAUUUUAUUGAUAUAUUGGUGAAGGACCUUCUGAGUUCAAAUAAUGAAGAUGAUGAUCAAAAUCAAGAAGAGUCCCAUCAUGCAACUUCUAACGAUGCAGUGUCUAAUCGUACAGCGCCAUUGUCGUGCACCUUAGAAAGUCAUAGUGCCAAUGAUGAAAAUGAACUUUUGAGAGUGGAAGGGGACAAUAGAUUUUUGUCUCAGGAUUGGAAGGAAUAUAUUAGUCAUGUCGGUCAGAGGUUUAAGGGGGGUGUAACUGAAUUUCGUAACAAGUUAAUCAAGUAUGCUGCUCAGAUGAGAUUUCGUCUUGUUUAUGCAAAGAAUGAUAAAGAACGUAUCACUGCUGAAUGUUUUAAGAAGAAUUCAGAUGGAUGUAAAUGGCGUGUACAUGCUUCGCUAUGUGGAGGGAAUGGUUUUUUCUACAUAAGGAGUUUGAAUAAUGUUCACACGUGCACUAGUGAUUAUGAAAAGCAGAAAACGAGAAGCAUGGGUUCAAAGGUUAUAUCUUCUGUCCUGGUGGAUCAAAUCCGUGAGAAACCAAUGAUUAAACCAACAGAUAUUGUGAAGGAUUUUAAGCAAAAGUAUGGUCUUGAUAUCUCUUACCAUGGUGCACGGCGAGGGAAGGAGUUGGCUAAGAGCGAGGUUCAUGGUGAUGAAACCUUAUCUUACAAUCAAUUACUUUGGUACAAAGAUACUUUAAUGUCAACCAAUCGGGGGUCACAUUGUGUCUUGGAGUGUGAUCUGCAGACUUCUCGCUUUCAGAGAUUGUUUAUUUGCUAUGGUGCUUGCAUUGAGGGAUUUCAAUGGUGCAGACCUUUGUUGUUCAUGGAUGCAACUUCUUUUAAAAGUAAGUAUAAGGGGCAGCUAAUUGGUGCUAUCGGGAAGGAUGGAAAUCAAGGAUUUUUCCCGUUUGCUUUUGCUAUCGUGGCCUCAGAAAGCAAGGAAAACUGGAGCUGGUUCUUUGAAAAUUUAGCUAAAGUUUUGACACCACAAGGUAGGACAAUUACAUUUGUAUCUAAUCAUGACAGAGGUGUGGCUGGAAAUGUUUCAAGCAUAUUUCCAACAUCCCAUCAUGCAUUUUGUUUGAAUGAUAUGAAACAGAACCUCGCAUCUAGGUAUCUGGCUACCUAUGGUAAAUUUUUUCAAGACCGAAUUGAUGAUCUUUUUACGGAAUGCGUUUCUGCUCCAACGGAAGCUGCUUUUGACAUUAAUAUGAAAAAUUUAAGAGAUGAGGGUGGUGCUCCUAUGAAGACCUUUCUGGAAAAAUUUCCAAAGGAGAAUUGGUCAUGUGCCUACUUUAAGGGUAAUCGAUACGGUGACAUGUACAGCACUGUUUCUGAAUUAUUUCAAUCUUGGACGUUGGAGCUAUCUGUCUUGCCUAUAUGUCAAAUGGUUGACGGAAUCAGGAUUAAACUCAUGGGAAUGAUGUCUGAAAGGAGUUGUGAAGCGGAGCAAUGUAGUUCUAUUCUCUGUCCCGAGAUGGAGAAAACCUUGAACGAAAUGCUGAUAGUUGGUCGCCAUUGGAAUGCCAUCCGUUCUUGUGGUUCUGUUUUCGAGGUUCUUGCUGAAGGUUCUUUUACGGUUGAUUUGGAUAAUCGUUUCUGCUCCUGUCAUUAGUGGCAAAUGAAAGGCUUUCCCUGUGCUCAUGCACUUGUUGCCGUUCGAAAAAAUUCUGGUUACGUGUACAACUACAUUGAUGAUUACUUCAAGGUGAGCCACUACAGAAGUUCGUACGCGAGUAAUAUUUUGCCGCUGCCGGACGUUAAGGACGCGGUUCAUGAGGGAUCGGAAGAUAUGGUCGUCCUACCUCCGCUAACUCGGCAGCCAAAGAAGAAUAAAAGAAAAUCUGUUGAAAAAGUUACGAGGCCGAUCAAAUGUGGUCGAUGUGGUGCAGUUGGAGGGCAUAAUAAGAAGACAUGUACUGCAAUUAUUUGAUUUUUGUUUUCGCGGUUUUUUUUUUUUUUUUUUUUAAUUGUAGGA